AUGAUCCUAGCUGGAGUCGUUGCAUGGGACGAGCCUGUGGACGCCUUCUUGGACCUAGAGGAUGCCUUCUUUGCUGAGUUGGCCGCUGAAGAUCGUGGUUCCGACGGUGGUGCGUUGAACCUGCUUCAGGCAACGGCCAAACUGCAUCAUCGAGGGACUGGGAGCAUUCCCGACUUAAGUGGAGGGGGCUCGCUGAGCUCGCUGGCUAAGUCGCCCUUGGAAGCAGCUGCGUCUGAUGGAAGAUUUGAGUCCAUCGAGGGCUCCACUGUGUCCUUGGUCCAGCAGGUGGCCACCCGAACGGAUCAAAAAGGCUCUGUGAAAAAGGCGCACGCCUCCAGAAAGGCCCCUGAUUACUUCACAGAUGCGCUCAGCGGAAACCUUCCUGCAGAGGUGACGACAACGCCAUGUCCCGUUAGGCUGGCGCGAUACCUUGAGACGAAGCUAGAAGGCACAGGUGGCAUAUCGAGAAUUUGCCAAACGCAUGUCACAGCUUUUGGUUAUUUGUCAUUUCUCUCCCUUUUGGGCCUCGACACCUUGUCUGGAAUUCCGAAAUGUCAAGACAGCUUCCUGGGAUUUGCCCGGUGGUUGGUGAUGGUGUUGGGGGCGUUUGCAUCGUUGUGCAACGCCUUCGACGUUUGGCGUGCAUCAAGGGCCUCUCAGAAGCUCAAGUUGCGACGUUGCCAGGCCGAGGCGAUGUCACGGCUGGAUGCCCAAGCGCAGAUGUCUUUGUGGCAUGUCUUUGUAGAGUUCUUUGUGCACUGUGACAGAAAGGACUGCUGUGGCCUCCCAGUGCCGGUCCAAGGUGCAGGCCUUGCCAGCUUUGGCGAAUGUGAGACCGAUUUCCCGAGGCUGCAGUGGAGACAGGAUCCAAGGCACCGGUUCUCACCUCGAGAUGCGGGUCUGGCCCAUGACAUUGAAGGCAUUUUUGUUCUUUGGCGGGACGGUUGCAUCAUGUUGCAUCACUCUGCGAGAAACGCAGGCGUGCCCGAGGUCGUGGAGACGGACAAGCUAAGCGAGGUUCUGGAAUCGGUGGAGGCGGAAGUCAACAAGACCGCCCAGCCAAGCACGGCGGUGGAACUGGCCAACACCUUGCCCAUACUGCUGGGCGCACUUUACCCCACAAAUUCUAGUGUUGCAAAUGUGCGACCCCAAGUCCUGCAACCGUUUGUCGUGUCCUUGAGGCACCGGAAGGCCAUGACUCCCGAAGAGCCGCGUGUUGCUUUGGCUACGCCGGAAGUGGAUGGCACGUGUGGCACUGCGCCAAGCGAUUCCGCACAUCGUGUUGUCCUGAGGCACGGUAUUUUGGCACACAUGGACUCAUAUGGAUACGCCGACCUGGAACGCCAGGCAUUGAGGCAGCGACUUCCGCGACUAGUCGCAGAGCUCAGCUGCAGCGAGAACAUCGGCGUUGUCCAGGAGGGUCUGGUGCAGCUUACGGAUCCAGUGUGCAAGUUCAUUCCUGCGUUUGCGGCUGCCAAAGUCAAGUCGGAGGACGGUUUGGCCCAAACUGCGGCAGAGGCAGUGGACAGACCUGUGACGGUGUUGCAUCUUUUGACGCACACUUCUGGCAUUGGCUAUGGCCCCAUGCUGGGCGACGAGCCUGGUUGUGAAGCGGAGGAGCGCUUCCUCCCGCUGAUCGAGCGCGCCGGCCUGGGGAGAACCAGACCCGGAGAUGCUCGUGCAGUGAAAUCACUUGAGCAUUGGUGCGAAGAGUUGGCCAGACUACCACUUCUGCACCAACCGGGCAGCGAGUGGUUUUAUUCCUACAGCCACGAUGUCCUCGGAAGAAUCAUCGAGGUCGUUACCAGAACAAGACUUGACACCUUCAUCGAGGAGCGAAUAACGCAACCUUUGGGGAUGGUGGACUCCGGAUUCCAGAUUCCACGUGACAAGUGGCACCGCACUGCUGCAAUGUACCGCCUCCAUGAGCAAGAUGGAGAGACGAAGCCGAAGCUGGUGCGGAUUGAUGCACCGAGUGUGGAGAGCAAUGAAUGGAUGGUCGGCAAUGCAAGUCCGAUUCUGUCAGGCGGCGGAAGCGUUGACUCCAUGACCGGCGGUAUGGUCAGCACGGCUGCCGUUCCGGCCUUGGCAGGGCUCUGCCCCGGCUCUUUUCUGGACUCAGAGGACCGAGCCAUGCUCAUGCAGCCCGGUCAGGGAGAACUGGAAGUCCCAGCAAUGGCUAGAUUGUUGAUCCAGUUCUUCGCUGCUGCCGUUUUCAUCAGAAGGGACAGUCCAUCCGGUGUAGCAGAAAAGAUUGUAAUGAAGUUCCUCCAGUGCGCCGCCCUGCUCACCGUUGCCUUGGCCAAGAAACUGACUCUUCGCAGCGCUGGCACCGGGAAGGCUAACCACUUCAACAUAGUCAUGUCCUACACGGCCUUCUCCGAAGUUGCUGCCGCGCAGACAUGCGACAGGUUGCAGUGUCCGCGAGCGUGGAGACCAAAACUCAACCACCACAGCUUGACCGGCCACACGGUGGCAGACUGCUGUGAGAAAAGCUGCGAGCUUUUCCGGUGCACAGGAGUCUACCGCUCCAACGAGGCCUACUGGGGCAACGUUGGAGAUUCUCCGCAGGUGUGCUGCGACAAGAUGUGCGGGUCAGAUUUCGAGUGCGAUGCUGGAUAUGUUUUGGCGGAUGCAACAGCACCUGGCGUCAGCAGGGAGGAGUGCUGCAAGCCGAAGUGCUCGCUCUUUGAAUGCACAGCUCCUUGGGCCCCGAGCGAUGCCAAGAAGGAAGUCGUGUCAAGCAGCGCAGAGGACUGCUGUGACCAAACCUGUGCAGCUGUAAACUGCUCAGCCCCUGGCUGGACGGAGAACAGGAGCAAGGCUCUGCUUGUCGGCAACACUGUGGAGGAGUGUUGCGCACCCUUGUGUGGCAACGAUGCCCAAGUGGUCUGCCCAGCUGGCACUGCUGUGAAGCCAGAAGAUGUGAAUAAAACCGGUGGCGUAGAGGGCUGCUGCCAGAAGCAGUGCAAAUCUCAUCAGUGCAGCGCUGCCGAUGGCUGGACGCGCGACAUCUCGAAGGCAGAUGAUUUUGCUGAUUCCGACGAGGCUUGCUGCGCAAAGACCUGCAAGCAGUUUGAGUGCCCAGUGGAAGACGGUUGGACAGCCUCGAAAUCCAUGGCGAACGACAUCGGUGACAACGUGACGCAGUGCUGCAAAGCUACAUGCAAACGUUUUACUUGCAACGCCACAGAGGGUUGGCUUCCAGCUCCCGGGAAUGAGAAGGACGGCAUAGAGGGUGAUGAUAGCAGCACGUGCUGCGUGGCCGCUUGCAGCGACUACACAUGCAGCCCUGCCAAAAAGCUCAUGCUCGUCCCGGAUGCUGCCAAGAUUCCUGGAGCCAGUGACGAGGUCUGCUGUGAAAGCUCGAAGUGCGACAAAGUGCGAAGCAUGACGAAGCUGGGUGAAGAGGAGUAUUGCAACGAUUUUGCGGAGGAUGUCUGCGAGAAGAAGUUCGUAAAGCACCAGAACAGCAGCGAGGUGAACGCCUCCGAUGGAACGGUCAUGUCCAUCGAGUCCACUUUCAUCGUGUUGUGCUAUUGGAACGUCACGUAUGCAAUGUGCCGCAACGACGUCGAUGGAGCCAUCAAGGGUGGCUGUGCGGCCUUCAAGAGCGAGACCUUACCGCUUAAGCACUUUGGCGUGCUCCGCUUCGAAUGCCCCGCUCAGACUGUCAUUGAUUUGCUUUUGCAACCUUUUGCAGAUUGGAUGUCAGGCUGGGGUGGAAUGGCUGGCACUGCCUGGACAAAUGAUCCCCAAGAGGAUCUCGUCCUUCUCAGCUUUUCGCUCGUGGCCUUCGACCUGAGCACGGAGGAGGUUCUGCGCGCAGGCGUGCGCAAAGCAAUUUCCGAGUUCCAGAAAGAG